AUGUUGUUCAUGAUAAUCUUUGUGUGCACUCGCAUAUCCCAAAUCGUCACUUUGAUACCUCCCAUGGGCAUGCUCGCCUGGUUCAUCAACAUAUUCGUCAACCACAACGCCUUGACCCCCGAUUCGAUCCUCAUCCUCUUUAUUCUCGUCGUUCUCGCCCUGGCUUGGGCCGUCUUCACGCUCUUCAGCUACCACCGCUCAUCUGCAAACGCUCGCUUCAUAUCUCUGGUCGAUCUUUGCUUCAUGGGUGCGCUCAUUGCUGGUGUUUAUGAAAUGCGAGGAAUCGCAGACGCCGACUGCACCAACCCUGACUCGAGCUCCGUGUGGUACGCGCCAAAUCACAUUCCCGUCCCCAACUGGGGCUGGGAGACGGGCAAGCCCUGCUCCAUGCUCAAAGCUAGCUGGGCCUUCGCCAUUAUGAACAUCAUCUUCUUCGCUACCACGGCCCUUGCCGCCUUUAGCCACGGCGAUCACUACGAUGAGCGCGUCGUUUAUGAGCGCCGCCGCACCCACUCCAGCCGCCACAGCCAUCGUCACAGAAGCCGUUCUGGCGGAUCUCGUCACAGCCACCGAAGCCCACACUCUCAUCGCCAGCGAGUCUACGUUUGA